ACCACAGAUAUAUGAAACUUUUUAUAUAAUGCGUGACGCUACAAACGACAAUAUCUAUGAAAGAAAUUUAAACCAAAAAAAUGGUUUUUAAUAUUUUCAUAUGUCAAUCUAUUUGUUUUUAAUCAAUGGUUCCGCCAUAUCCCGCCAAAAUUAUUUUGAUAGUAAAACAAUCAAAUUGUUGUUCGGUAGUUCUUACGUAUAUUUUAUAUGAAUCAUAAAUUAUGAUUUAAAUGAUAAAAAACUUUUAUUGGAAAGUAUUCUUAGUAUAAGUUUUAAACAAUUACAAAAUAAUAGCUUUUUCUAAUUUGGAUAACAUAUUUAAGACAUUGCAUUUGUCUUCGUCCUUCAAUGAGUGUUCCAGUCACUGGAAACUGAAAUGCAUAACAAGAAAAAAGGGAAAGAAGAUUUGAUUCCUGAAAUUUUAUAUCAUCUUCUUGGUUAUGAUUCUAAUAUUCUUAAAAAUGCUGGAGACAGUCAUUGUACUAUUUGGGAUGCUGAAUGUAAUAUAAUCAAUGUUGAAGACCGUAAGCUAUUAUCAAGAUUCAAUUCAUUGGCUGAAAAUUAUAAAGUUCUGAGUAAAUUUGUUGCAUCUAACAAUAGUUUAAAUAAUACAUACAAUAUAGCAUGUCAAGAAAAACAGGGAUUGUAUAUUAAAGCAUUUAAAAAUGGAAUUUUUGAAGCUACUCACGAUUAUCGUAAAUGCAUUAAUGAAAUUCAGAAAGAUUUUACUAAUAAUAAGAAUAACAAAUGCAUAUUAUUUGAAAUUCUCAGAAAAGUUGAAAAGCAUAAACCUUUAUUAAUUACUUUGAAUGAUCUUGUAGAAAAAAUUACUUUAUCACAAUUACAUGGCGGAGAAAUAUUAAAUCUUAUGUAUGAUGUAGUUAAUUCAAAAUUUGUUGAUGAUAGAUUACAGCUUACAUUAAUAUUCAAGAAGUGUUUACAGGUGUUAAUUAUGCAGUUGAAAACUAUUUUAUCUCAUGGAGUGAUUUUUGAUCCAUUGAAAGAAUUUUUUAUAGCUGAAGAAUGUAUUGGAAAAACAAUGAAAUUUAAGAAGUUUUUUUUAGUACCAAAAUUAAUGCCUUCUUUUGUGUCCUUAUCAGUUGCUAACAAAAUAAUUUGUAUGGGUGAAGUAAUUAAUAGUUUACAAUUUACACAAAGACAAUUUUCUACCAUACAAUAUAAAAGUACUGCUCAUGAACUUUAUGGAUCAAAAAAAAAUUUACUUUUUUGUAAUUUACUUGAUUUAGAAAAUCUACCUUUGUUCACUAAAACUGAAUUUACUGAAGUAAUUGAAAAGUUUUAUUUUGUAGUUGAUGAAUUCAUGAUGAAAGUUGCACUUCAUGAAAAUACUAUUUACAAUCAUUUAAAGUUAUUUAGAGAUUUUUAUUUGCUUGGAAAUGGAGAAUUUUAUAGAAAUUUUUUAAAUAAACUUGGAAGCCUUUCUUUAAGAUGUGAUCAUAGUAUUAAAUCUAUACAAUUAGCUUUUGUAGAUACAGGAGAAAAUUUAAAAAUUUCUAAAACAAUUUGGAAAAUGUUUCGAUUUAGUUCUAUAGAGAACACUGAAUCUGAUGAUGUGAAAUGGACAAAAAUUAAAAUGUCAAUUGAAACAAAGUGGCCUCUGCAGUUCAUAUUUACAGAUUAUGUUAUAAAAAAUUAUUCUAAGUUAUUUACUUUUUUAUCUCGUAUUAAACAAGUACAAACAAAUUUACAUAAAAUAUGGAUUGAAAAAAAAUCUAAAGAUGAUAAAAUCAAUGGAAAAAUUGAUCAUCUUACUACAAAUUUAACAUUCCUUAUUGAUACUCUGUAUAGUUACUUACAACUUGAUGUUAUAGAAGAUGAAUACUUUAUUUUGUUGGAAAAAUUAUCUGAUUCUCAAGAUUUUCAAACGAUUAAGUUCAUUCAUGAUAAAUUUCAAACUAAUAUUAUGAAAGAUUCAUUUUUAUUUAUGGAAGAUGUAUACAUGGCAUUCAACCAAAUUCUUGAUAUGUGUGAAAACUAUUAUAGGUGCAUGACUGAUAUUACAGCAAUUUUAAAUCCACAGUACAAAAUUUGUAUUAAUGAUUUGAAUUUACUUUUUAGCAAAAAUCCAAAUAAAUUAACUACUUUACUUAAUAGUAUUAGAAAUGUUAACAUAAGCACUGCGCCAAAAUUCAAUCAAUUCAUUACUAGAUUAAAUUUUAAUAAUUGGUUUGCUAAAAUAAUAACAGAAAAAUAUUAAUUAUUUAGUUUUAUAAUUUAUUAUAAAUUGUUGUGGGAUAUUCGUACAAUUUACAUGUAUCAUAUACUAAUAUUUAUUGUUUCAUAAAAAAAUAGACUGUUUUUGUUUAAAAACAAUUCGUAUGUUUAAGAUAUUUAAAUAAACAUAUUCAGACUUGUC